CUAAUUAGAAUUAGUUUACAACAGAGAGGUCAUGUGAGGUCAAGACGUCGACAUUUCCAAGGCGAUAUUUUCUGAUUAUGUGCUCCUUCACUAGGCAUCCAUGUUAGCAUUGGAUAUGAGCAUACGACAUUUGAUAACGCAGCUAAACUGAAUACGUCUAGCAGACGACAAGGGGGCGUUCUGCUGAAAGAAGAGUUCUUUUUUUAUAACAUGUGAGUUUAUUUUAAAACAUUGAACAAAUGGCGAAAAAUUAUAAGAUUUCCAUGUCACUGAGGAAGCAGGAAAAUGACGAACCGGUUUAUCAUAAACAGGACGGAGAGAGAUUUUCUAAAUCUCAGACAGUCAAAUUGAAUGUAAACACUGAAUAUUGGAUUAAGUUAACAAUCAGACCAUCAAUGAUACUACGGGGUGUAGUGGUGCAUGGUGAAAGGACUGAGUUUGUACCUGACACACCUACAAAGUCAUUUGAAGAAGAUGCGAUGUACUACAAAGCGAAGUUUAGUACUGUGAACUUUGACACUCACAACCGAGGCAAGAGGAAAGACCUCCCGUUUUUGUUCGAGUUUGACCAUGGCGUCACCAUGAAAACCAAUGUCCAAAUCAAGCUUUACAAGACUGGCGAAACAGAACAUUCAUCGUGGGGUCAAGCCCUCACUGUUAUUGACUAUGACUGUAAAGUAUCGGAUGGAGGAACAUAUGUUGAUAUCGUAAAAGAAAAAUAUCUUUAACCUCAUUGAAUUGAAUUCAGCCCCGAUACGAUCCUUGCCCAUAGAAUUUCGAGCAAUUGCCCUGUAACUUACGACUUAAGGGCGGUCUGCAAUGAGUGUGAUGAUACGAGAGAUAAUUCUUCUCCUGUCCCCUAAAAUGGUGCACAAUAAGUACAGGUUCAUUGGUGAAGAUAACUUCCUCGAUGGCUGACAACACAAUCAUGAAACUCAUUGGAACAAUUAAGGAUCGCAAACACAAAUGCAACAGAAAAGGGCUAAUGUAAUAGAAGGAAAUACGUACACGAGAUCAGGAGAUUAAAAUAACGUACAGACAGAUGGACAUAAUUCAAAUGACGUGAAAAGUGUUGUUAUCAUGUUUCUUAAGGAAACAUUGCAGUAAAUGUUAUACAUUGCUACGACACAUGAUAAUGGAAAGAAAAUGUAGGCGAUCUAAUGAACCGUUUAGAAAGCCUUUUAACUAUUAAACAUAAAAAAAUCAAUAACACACUCUCAUAUUUCGAACACCAGGAACAUGGUGUUUCUUUUCUUCUUCCGAUAUAUAAUUUUGUAACUGAGACUACAUGGUGAUUGCAUGGGUGUCGUUGAAAAAUAGAGUUGCUAAAUGGAUAACUUACAAGGAAAAUAUCAUCUGGAAACGAUUUUCUUUCUGUCUUACAAGGGCGACGAUAUGACAGCUAAACAUGGAAUAUGGAGGUUACAGAUAUUGGUAUUAACUGAAAAACAAAACGACUCUAAAUUGGUUACGUGGUGAGCUAUGUUGGCGUUUGAUAUCAUAUAUGACAAUGGUGUAUAGACGAGAAAUUUGUGUAUGUUGCGAUAGACACUGUGAUAAACAGCUGCCUGUAUAUGUAUACGAGAUAAGAUAAUUUGCCAAAAAAGGUGUAUUUUAUUAAGCUUAACUAACGAAGCUAGCGAAGCGAACAUUUUUAUUUCAUUUUUCUGUUGUUGAUAUUAUUUAGAUAGUGCUGUAUGUGUGGUAUAAAAUAUAUCCAUUCCAGCAUUCAUGAAACUAGAUUAUCAGAAGAUUAAAAGGUAUUCAUUCAUAAUAUCAUAAAGUAUGGUUUGUCUACAUUACUGUUGAGUUAAUUGAUCACCAAAGCAAGACAGCUAGAGCACUAAAGUUGUGAUCCCAGUUAUAUUAUACAUUGUAAGUAAUUGAAUAGACAUUUGUGUUCGGGUUUACGUGAAGAAUAUUAUAUAAACAUUAUUCUUAUCGAUUGUUUGAUUACUUAUGUUUGGCAUGUUGCUAAUUGUCCUUGAUGUGGCACCGACUUUGGUAAAAUAUGAAUUAUUGGGAUGUCUAGAUAUUGCCUAUAUCGAUUAUUAAAAUAAUUUUGUUUUAUGAAGGUAUAUCAUGCAAGCUGUGACGUUAAUGAUUCAAAGUGUACUAUAAUCUUAGGUAGGUUUUCUAAUAUGAUGUAAGGUAUAAUGUAAUAUUUAGAUACACAGAUUUGGUGUUGGACUAAGUGUUUGAUAUAAAUAGAUUUAUCAUAUUUAUAUUAAUUCAAUAAUUGGUAUUUUGCAGUGAUCGCCGUUUAACCAAAAAUGUAUAGAACAAAAUACCUGACGUAAUCAUGUAACAAAUCGAAUUUCCGAAUACAAAGAAGGUGGAGAAUUAGCAGCUUUUCACUAUUUGUUAUUUAUUUUCUGCUGAACCGAGUUUAACGUCUUUUUGUAUAAUUCUAUUUUUUACCAAUUUAUACAAUUCUUUUCAUCGCCUGCAAUAUUGUCACUUAUUUAUUCUUUCCGAUCCAUAUGUAUUUUCAUAUUCUCUUUUAGGGAAAUGUUCUUAUUAAUUCAUGAAAUGUCGAUUUCAUUUACACUGUCAACGUUAGCAGUUAAUAUGGCAUUGUUUUGAAUGGUUAAGCUGCAUAAUUAAAGAGGUCACGAAAAUAAUACGAGAAAAGAAAUAAAUUUCAACUGAUCAAUUCUUCACAUUGUUUAUUUCUGACACGUCCUACUAUAUUCAUAUUACAGUUGUCUUAAAAUCCAAAACUAUUAUUCUAUACAAUUACGACCAAGAAACGUCUGAUUUUAAAUGCUUUUUAUAUCAUACAAACAUGGAAAGUUUGAAAAUACGUCAAGGGAGGUAACUCAAAUUGAGUUUGUAAGUAGCUCUACUUUACAACCAACUGACUGUUUUUUUUCUGUAAUUAUAACUUGUAGAGUGAUAUUCCGUAUCAUGAAAGUGGAUUUGUAUGUACAAUGUGUUCAUAUGUAAGGAUACGUAUUUGAUUGAGGCCCAGGUACUCCAUAUCACUGUUAAUUAUGACCUCAUUCCAUUACAUCUAGUAAUGUAUAUGAUUAGUAUAUUCACGUUAGGAUAUAGCCAUAACUUACGUCUUUGCACACCAAACUAAUUUGAAAGUUCGGCAGUAACGAACGCAUCUACUGAUAAAAGUUGUCAGACAAAUGUUAUUGAAGGUAAGCCAGAAACAGGUAAUUUAUUGAGUAAGUUCUUUAUUUUUUGUUUUUUGUUAUCUCUCUCCUCCUUCAAUUUGUUUUACUGAAUACAUUUAAGUAUACCAAUAAAACGAAUGCAUUUGAACACACAGAUCUGUUGUACUGGAACGGGUCUCGAUGGUCAAUGGUUAAUCUGUUGCAACUCAGUAUGAAAACCACCCCGUUAUUAAGACCGCUUUCAAUAAGCGGUUUACACUACUAUGAUGUUUGAUGUAUUGUAAUAUCAUACAUGUACUAAAAAGUAUAAAACCAUUACCCAAAUAUGUUGACCGAGCUAGAGCUAAACAGUAUGUGAUCAUGAGAUGUCAUUUUCAAGAGUGGAUUUGAUUUUGGUUUGUGAGAAAGCGCAAUAGUAUAACCACCAUUAUCAUUUUGAAAAUGUAUUUACAUAUAAGCUUUUUACCAAAAAUGGGAAUAAAUGUGCAAUAUA